GUGCCGGACAUGCACGAGACCCUGUCCAGUUUUUCGGAACAGUUCAGGGACGGUCCGACGAAGCCGGAAAUAAAGCCGGAAACGGCUAAGGAAACGGAGAGGACGGAUGAACCCAAGUGCGGCUGGUUCUGGUUCAGGCCACGGUACCUGCAGCGAUUUCGAACCGCGAAAUGGGCGCUUUUCUGGUUAUGCUGGACAGGUGCAAUACAAGGAAUGGUGGUAAAUGGUUUCGUGAACGUGGUCAUCACCACGAUAGAAAGGAGAUUCGGCUUAAGGUCCUCGCAGACUGGUCUAAUAGCGGGCGGAUACGACAUAGCCAGUUUCCUUAUCCUCGUCCCAGUGAGCUAUCUCGGUGGACGCUCGAAAGCAUCGAAACCAAGAUACAUAGGCGUGGGGGUUUUAGUUUUAGGCUUAGGAAGUCUGCUCUUCGCAUCUCCUCAUUACAUUGCUGGACCGUACAGAGGUGGCCAGCAGUCGGAGAACAUAUGCCAAAGGGUGACGAACACGUCGUCGCGAUCACUAUCCUGUAAUGGGUCUGUUGGCCAAGUGGACCAGGAACCAUACAGCGGGUUGUACUUAGCUAUCUUUCUCAUGGCUCAACUUCUGCACGGUGCGGGCUCCGCUCCUUUUUAUACGCUUGGUGUUACGUUCAUAGACGAAAACGUAUCGAAAAAGAUGUCAUCUGUGUACGUAGGAAUUUUCUACACGAUGGCAAUUAUAGGACCUGCGUUAGGCUACGUGGUCGGAGGCGAAUUGUUGAAGUUGUAUACAGAUUUUAUCACCGUGGAUCCGUCAGAAAUUGGUUUAACACCGAACAGCAACGUGUGGGUCGGAGCAUGGUGGAUAGGUUUCCUAGGGGCUGCAGUUUUAUGUUUCGUAAUUGCUAUACCAAUCUUGGCGUUUCCGGCAGCUUUACCUGGCUCCGAGGAACUAGCGAAGGAGAGGGUGUCAGAGGCACACGAGAAGCCGAAGCAAUCGUCAUCGAGUGACCAAGGGGAGGCGUUCUCGAAAAUACGUCAACUGCCUCGCGCUCUGACCGAUCUGCUUGGUAAUCCAGGCUUUUUCAUGUUGAAUCUGGCAGGUGCCAGUGAAGGAUUGCUUAUCGCUGGUUUCGCCGCGUUCCUGCCCAAGUUGAUCGAAAAUCAAUUCAACGUCAGCGCUAGCUCCGCCGCUUUACUAAUGGGUCUGGUGACUGUGCCCGCAGGCGGCGGCGGUACCUUUCUCGGCGGUUAUCUCAUAAAACGUUUUAAUUUGCCCUGCUCGGGCAUUUUGAAGUUCUGCCUGUUGGCCACCGCGUCCUGUAUCGCCUUCACUUUGUGCUUCGUUUUGAAUUGCCCGAAUUUAAACUUCGCCGGAGUCACGGUCCCCUACUCGGAGCAAACCAAAAAAUCUUUUUCGCUGGAUAACGCGUGCAAUAAUGGUUGCGGGUGCUCGAGGUCGGAGUUCAGUCCAAUAUGCGGAGUCGAUGGAAUCACGUAUUAUUCCCCUUGUCAUGCAGGAUGUUACCAAGAAACACGGAUACACGACGUCGAAGUAUACUCAGAUUGCACAUGCAUACGCGCACCGCCGAUGAAUCUAACCACGGAGAAUGGCGUGGUCAGUUACGAGGCAAUAAACACGACCUGCAACACAUCGUGCUCGUAUCUGUGGCCCUUCAUCGCCCUAGCGUUUUGCAACAUGUUCAUAACGUUUCUUUGCACGAUGCCCGCACUUUCCGCGACACUACGCGUCGUCCGAGACGAUCAAAGAUCGUUUGCCUUGGGUAUACAGUGGAUUAAAGUUAGGAUUCUGGGCACGAUACCAGCGCCCAUGGUGUUCGGUGCCCUAAUAGACGAUACUUGCAUUUUAUGGAAUGAAACGUGCGAUGGUGGAGGGUCCUGCUUGGUUUAUGACAACUUGUACAUGAGCAGGUACAUGCUGGCGUUAGCUUUUAUUGGUAAAGCAGCGUCCCUUCUCUUCUUUUUCCUAGCCUGGUGGACAUACAUUCCUCCGGGAAGCAGAAGAGUUACACAAAAUUCGCGGGAAGAGCCCACAACAACGUUAAUGUUAAACGACGCACCACACGACGCGCCAACCACGCCAGCAAUAAUAAAUCCUAUCAUUGAACCAUAAACAGUAAGCUUGCAUUCCAUUUAGAUCAACGUACGAAUUUCGUGGAUAAUUUAGAUUUAUUAACAAAUUUCUAAUAUCCACCAAACAUUA